AGACCUUUGCUGCCCCCUAUCGCGCCACAGCAUGUUGGUCGGAAAUGUCUGGUACUCGAUCUUGACGAAACACUAGUGCAUAGUAGCUUCAAGUCAAUACAGCAAGCAGACUAUGUCGUGCCCGUUGAGAUCGAGUACCACUGGCAUAAUGUAUAUGUCAUCAAACGACCUGGCGUUGAUAACUUCCUCAAGAAGAUGGGUGAAAUCUACGAAGUUGUUGUCUUCACUGCGAGUUUGAGCAAGUAUGCGGAUCCUGUCCUGGACAAGCUCGACAUACAUCGUGUGGUUACUCAUCGACUGUUCAGAGAGAGCUGCUACAACCACAGGGGUAACUACGUCAAGGAUCUCUCGCAACUCGGUCGACCAAUAGCCGAUACCAUCAUCCUCGACAACUCCCCUGCGUCGUACAUUUUCCAUCCCAAUAAUGCCGUUCCUGUUUCGUCCUGGUUUAACGACCCUCAUGACACCGAACUCACGGAUCUCUGUCCCUUCCUCGCUGACCUCGGAACUGUGGACGACGUUCGGGGUGUCUUGGAUGGGGGCUUAUAG